GUUCCAAAUUCUUGCCGAGCGAUAUUACUUCGAUCGAAAUCGUUGAACAAACAGUAUAUCUCAUCUUGAAGCGCUUUUUCUAAGUUUUUCUAAGUUUUUCUGGUCCUACAAAGUGAGAAAAAAUGGAAUUUCCUGCAAUGAUCAUUUGUUUACUUGCUCUUGCAUGUGUGCGAAACACUAUGUCGUAUGUGAGCAGACAGACCAGACAGGUACCAACGACACCAACGGUAUCGGCGGCAGCGGCGGUACCGAAUACAAAUUAUAACAAUACUCAACUUCCUUAUUCCUAUCCUACCUAUCCGAUCUAUUCGAGCAACGUGAAUCAAAUGGGGCAACCUGCCGCCCCGGUAAUGAAUGUACCUCAGACUGUUACUACCACAUCGCCGCCUACCAACAAUACCAACUUAUCGGAUACUUCUAACAAUAAAUCUUUCCUUGGACAUCUCAAGACCUAUAGCCUCUAUGUGUUUCAAGUGUUGAUGACAGUUUUUCUCAGCAUGUCCUUAAUAAACUACAUUUGUUUGCAAUGGUCUUUCUGCGACAGCGUCCUUGGAGGAAACAGCUUUUGGAAAAAUAACAAGGCAAGACGUUUGAAUCGUUCGUACGCGACAUCGAAUUAUUUGGAUGAUAUCAGUUUGGCAGUCUUCAAAGCGGUAGACUACUAUAAUAACCAAGAUUAGGGAUUGAAUAAAAAUAAGUAA